UGGGCUUAUCGUUACUAUAUCCCUAAAAUACCUGACGCUCCUCCCUUCUUUUUUUCUCAUCGGAAUCCUAAAGAACCUUAUCUGUGCAGCCAUGGCAACCUCAGCUACUUCGCUCCAUUUUCUCUCUCUAACCCCUCAAUCGCUUUCUUUCUCCAAACCCAAUGCCACACCCGCCGCUUCUUUAUCUCUUUUCUCUCUCCCGUCAUCUUCUCGCGCUCUAAAACUAUCUUCUUCUUCGCCUUUUACAUUUUCCGCUAGACACUUUGAUUCCACAUUCGGGUCACGCUUCGUCAGAGGCGUGGCGCUUUCGUCAGAAUUCGACCAGAUUGAAGAAGUGGAAGACGAGGACGAGGGAGUUCCCAGCGAUGGCGGUUCCUCGUACCCGGACGAACACGGUUUCUCUCCUGACCUCAAGCUCUUCGUGGGCAAUUUGCCCUACAGUAUCGACAGCGCUGCUCUUGCCGGGCUGUUUCAACAAGCUGGGAAUGUUGAGAUGGUCGAGGUUAUAUAUGACAAACAGACAGGAAGAAGCAGAGGGUUUGGCUUUGUCACAAUGUCAACUGUGGAGGAAGUUAAAUUAGCCGCUCAACAGUUCAAUGGAUAUGAACUUGACGGGAGGGCAAUGAGGGUCAAUUCGGGGCCACCUCCACCUAGGAGGGAAAAUUCCACGUUUAGUGGAGCAAGGGGUGGUAGAAGUUUUGACAACGCGAACCGAGGCCACAAACUCCAUGUGGGAAACCUUGCUUGGGGUGUUGAUGAUCAGGCACUUGAAACCUUAUUCAGUGAGCAAGGAAAGGUGAUGGAAGCAAGAGUGGUGUACGACCGAGAUAGUGGAAGGUCGAGGGGAUUUGGAUUUGUAACUUACGGUUCUGCUGAGGAGGCCAACAAUGCUAUUAAAAUGUUGGAUUGCGUUAACCUAAUUGGUAGGGAAAUCCGUGUAAGUCAUGCUGAAUCAAGACCUCCGAGGCGCCAGUUCUGAGAUUUGCUAACCGUGCCUGAUAUCUCAAGUAUUCAAGUCAUUGGGAGCCCAGGGUUGGACGAGAGAUGACAAUCAGCGAUGCUCAUGAAGGGCUUGAUUUUGCAGAGCUGCUACGUAGCUACACCGUACAAAAUGCUCGUGUGAAUCCAUACUCUGCUUGUGGACUUAGCAUGACGAGAUUUCUGAACGCCCUCUCUAUGUAUUUCUGUCACAAUGUAUGCCUGUAAAAAUGGCAAUGCAACUUGUAACCUGCCACCUAUUGCUUUAUGCUUAUGGUGGAUUAAGAGAACUAAAUUCUUGGAUCAAUGAGCUCUUUUUCUAGGUGGUAUUGUGGUGUGAACCCCUUAGGGGCUGUUUACUUCAUUUCUUUGUUUUUCCAUUUCCAGUUUCA